UUUUGUUUGUUUUCUCCUGAGCUUGGACUGCUUGUUUUGGUGCUGUUUUGUGUUAUUGAGAUGUCUGGACGCGGUAAGCAGGGAGGCAAAGCUCGCGCCAAAGCGAAAUCUCGCUCUUCUCGUGCUGGUCUCCAGUUCCCGGUGGGCCGAGUGCACCGCCUGCUCCGCAAAGGCAAUUACGCAGAGCGGGUAGGGGCAGGCGCGCCGGUGUACCUGGCGGCUGUGUUGGAGUACCUGACUGCCGAGAUCCUGGAGCUGGCCGGCAACGCGGCUCGCGACAACAAGAAGACCCGCAUCAUCCCGCGCCACUUGCAGCUGGCCAUCCGUAACGACGAGGAGCUCAACAAGCUGCUAGGCCGGGUGACAAUUGCUCAGGGCGGCGUCCUUCCUAAUAUCCAGGCCGUGCUUUUGCCUAAGAAAACCGAGAGUCACCACAAGGCUAAGGGCAAGUGAUUUGACAGGCAUCUGAGCUUCCGUGAAACGCUAUCAAACCCAAAGGCUCUUUUCAGAGCCCCCCUACCGUUUCAGAGGAAGAGCUAACCUCACUGCUUGUACGUACGAGGGAAAAAAGCACUAAGGUUGCAAAAACUUCUCAUUUCAGAGAGAUGCCAGGAUCCCGAGUGCCUGCCAAACCUACCAAUUCUAAGGAAUAAGUGGAUGGAUGGUGUCAAUGUUCCUACAUCACUGAUUGAUUCUGCAUCCACAAAUUUUUUUAUUAAAAACAUUCUACAUCAUGUGUGGGGGGGAUAAGGAGGGUAAAAUGGAGAGAAAGAAAUUAUUGAGGGGAAGUUCUUCUGAGUACAAAAUGUGUUUAAUUUUUUAAAUAAGUAUUACAUUUACAGGGUUCAAACGAUUUGAAGUAAAAAGAUAAAUAGAAAGAAUCCACCCCUCAACUUACCCCAGGUGAUCACUUUUCUUUUUCUUGUGUAUCUGCCCAGUAUUCAUUCCUGCUAAUAUCAGUCAAUAAUGAAUGAUACGUGUUACCCACUUUUUUCAUCCUUGCCCAGAUAUCAGACUGUAUACACUGUUCUGCACUUGCCCUUUUCAUAACAAUCUAUCUUGGAAAACUUUCCCUGUGAGAACAUACAGAGCUUCCUGUACAUAGUUGCAUGUAUUGCGUUAUGCAAAUGCAUUAUAUUUUAUGUAACCUGUCUACUGUUGGUAGGCACUUGAGUUUUUUUAGUCUUUUGCUAUCAAACAG